AUGCGGGAGUAUAAGGUGGUGGUGCUGGGCAGCGGCGGCGUGGGCAAGUCCGCCCUCACCGUGCAGUUCGUCACCGGGACCUUCAUCGAGAAGUACGACCCCACCAUCGAGGAUUUCUACAGAAAGGAGAUCGAGGUGGACUCGUCCCCGUCCGUGCUGGAGAUCCUGGACACGGCCGGGACCGAGCAGUUCGCCUCCAUGCGGGACCUGUACAUCAGGAACGGCCAGGGCUUCAUCCUGGUCUACAGCCUGGUGAACCAGCAGAGCUUCCAGGACAUCAAGCCCAUGAGAGACCAGAUCAUCCGGGUCAAGAGGUACCAGCAGGUGCCCGUGGUGCUGGUGGGCAACAAGGUGGACCUGGAGGAGGAGCGGGAGGUGUCGCCCAGCGAGGGCCAGGCGCUCGCCGAGGACUGGGGCUGUCCCUUCAUGGAGACGUCGGCCAAGAGCAAGACCAUGGUGGACGAGCUGUUCGCCGAGAUCGUCCGGCAGAUGGACUUCUGCCCGCUGCCGGACCGGAGGGAGGCGUGCUGCCCGGCCUGCAGCGUCCAGUAG